CUGGCCUGGGCGCCUCUCCACCCUCCAGUCCUCCUGCCUGACCUGACCCCACAGCUGGGAAUCGUUUGCUGGGGGUGGGGCAGCCCCUGACUAUAUAAGCCUGGACCUAGGUGUCCCAGGCACCCUAGAGGCCCAGGCCCCCCAACGGCUGACCCCUGCACACUCCAGCCUGGCCCCCCAGCCAGUCCAGCAAUGAUGGAAAAAAACGCCUCCGAGGGCCCUGCCUGCAGUCCAGAGGAGACCGCAUCUGAAUUUGCCAAGGUGCCCACAGCAGAGCCUCCCGGAGAAGUGGCAGUAUCAGAGUCCACCAGAGAAGAGCAGGUGCCCAAGCCGCAGGCCCCUGCCCCACAGGCCCCUACAGCCUCCACAGCCACUAAGCCUGCACCCCCAAGUGAAGAUGUCCCCAGUGCCCCACUGCUGCUGACCCUGGAGGAUGUGAGCAGCAGCUCUGUGACUGUGAGCUGGGAGCCCCCAGAGAGGCUGGGGAGGCUGGGCCUCCAGGGCUAUGUGCUGGAGCUCUGCAGAGAGGGAGGCUCGGAGUGGGUGCCUGCGAGUGCCCGGCCCAUGAUGGUGACCCAGCAGACUGUGCGGAACCUGGCUCUGGGAGACAAGUUCCUCCUGCGUGUGUCUGCAGUGAGUUCUGCAGGGGCUGGCCCGCCGGCCAUGCUGGACCAGCCCAUCCACAUCCGAGAGAACACUGAGGCCCCCAAGAUCCGUGUCCCCCGCCACCUCCGUCAGACCUACAUCCGCCAGGUGGGAGAGACGGUCAACCUGCAAAUCCCCUUCCAGGGGAAGCCUAAGCCUCAGGCCACAUGGACCCACAACGGCCAUGCCCUGGACAGCCAGCGGGUGAGCAUGCGCACCGGGGACCAGGACUCCAUCCUCUUCAUUCGCUCGGCCCAGCGCUCCGACUCUGGCCGCUACGAGCUCACUGUGCGUGUGGAAAACCUGGAGGCCAAGGCAGUCAUUGACAUCCUGGUGAUUGAGAAACCUGGACCCCCCAGCAGCAUCAGGCUCCUGGACGUCUGGGGCUGCAAUGCUGCUCUUCAGUGGACGCCACCCCAGGACACAGGCAACACAGAGCUCCUGGGCUACAUGGUGCAGAAGGCAGACAAAAAGACAGGGCAAUGGUUCACAGUGCUGGAGCGCUACCACCCAACCACCUGCACCAUCUCUGACCUCAUCAUCGGCAACUCGUACUCCUUCCGGGUCUUCUCAGAAAACCUGUGUGGACUCAGCACCUCGGCCACCGUCACCAAGCAGCUCGCCCACAUCCAGAAGGCAGAUAUUGCUGCCAAACCUAAAGGGUUUAUUGAGCGAGACUUCUCAGAAGCCCCCUCAUUCACCCAGCCCCUGGCUGACCACACCUCCACCCCUGGCUACAGCACCCAGUUGUUCUGCAGUGUCCGAGCUUCACCCAAGCCCAAGAUCAUCUGGAUGAAAAACAAGAUGGAGAUCCAGGGCAACCCCAAAUACCGCGCCCUCUCUGAGCAAGGCGUCUGCACCCUAGAGAUCCGGAAACCCAGCCCCUUUGACUCUGGGGUCUACACCUGCAAGGCCAUAAAUGUGCUGGGGGAGGCAUCUGUGGACUGCCGGCUGGAGGUCAAAGCCUCAGCCACACACUGAAGAGUCACGGGAGGAGGCUGUGAUGAGGAGCCAGGGCCAGGCGAUGCCGGUGUCUCCUGGAAGGGGGGUGAUUCCGUGGACCGCCAUACAACCAGAGUCUACUCCCAGCUCUGAGUGAUCUUCAGCAAGGGUGUUCUCUUUGGACACAUUCUCUCAUCCGAAAACUGGGGAUAACAACCUUUCCUUGCCUUCCUUCCCCUGGUGGUUCUGAGGCUCUGCAUAAGUACGGAACGGAAGUAUCUAGAACUGCAGUGGGCAGAGCUCAGACCUGGGCAUUGCACCUGAGGGAGGGAGGCCUGGUGAGGAAGAGGAUGCUGCUCCCCCUCCCCACUCUGCACCUCUCUGGCCUGCAGCCGAGCUCUGCUCACACCAGGGGCUCAGGAAGCAUGUCCUCCUCCAGGUGCUGCAGGCCUGAGGGGCCAGGUCCACCAGGCCUACAGUCAAACUCCAGAGAUGCCCAAGACCCCCGCUUCCAUAGCGACGGCUGAUGGAACCGCCCCUGGUACCUGCUGGCCUCCCUUCCCCAGAGGCUGGUGUCCAGAACUCAGGAAUGGGCCUAGUAGGCCCCAGGCCAGACUAACUUGGCUCAAGGGGUGCUGGAAGGCGCAGAGAUUGGAGUGCCCUGCGGAGUUGCACACUGGGUGGGAAGCACUCAAAUAAAGAUGCGUGGUGUUAACAGUG